AUGGAUGGUGACCACAUCAUUGGUGGUGUUUUCUCCAUACACAACUACAUGCACACACUGAAGCACAACUACACCACUAUGCCUGAGCCAAUAAGGUGCACACGGAGGUCAGUGCCUGUGUCAGUGUGCAGUGACAGCUGUCCUCCAGGAACUCGUAAAGUGCUGCAGAAAGGAAAACCCAUCUGCUGUUAUGAUUGUGUCCCAUGUCCUGAGGGAGAGAUUAGCAAUGCUACAGAUUCCCCUGAUUGUUUCCCUUGCCCAAAGGAGUUUUGGCCUAAUGCAGAGAGAGACACUUGUUUCCCCAAACCUGUAGAGUUUCUCUCCUUUGAGGAGGUCCUAGGAAUCAUCCUGGCUGCAUUCUCAGUUGGUGGAGCCUGUCUUGCCAUUAUAACAGCAGCAGUGUUCUUUCGUCACAGGUCAUCCCCGAUCGUCAGGGCCAAUAACUCUGAGCUGAGCUUCCUGCUGCUCUUCUCUUUGACUCUAUGUUUCUUAUGUCCAUUAACUUUCAUUGGAGCACCCUCUGAGUGGUCCUGCAUGCUGCAUCACACAGCGUUUGGGAUCACCUUUGUCCUCUGCAUCUCUUGUGUUCUUGGAAAAACAAUAGUGGUGUUAAUGGCCUUCAAAGCUACACUCCCAGGCACUAAUGUCAUGAAAUGGUUUGGUCCUCCACAACAAAGAAUGACUGUAGUGUCUUUCACAUUUAUUCAAGUUUUAAUAUGUACUAUUUGGCUGGUUGUUAAUCCCCCUUUUCCAAUGAAAAACCUAUCCACAUACAAGGAGAGAAUCAUCCUGGAGUGUGCAUUAGGCUCAGCUAUUGGGUUCUGGGCUGUGCUCGGGUACAUAGGCCUACUGGCUGUCUUUUGCUUAGUCUUAGCUGUCCUCGCCAGGAAACUGCCUGAUAAUUUUAAUGAAGCCAAGCUGAUCACCUUCAGCAUGCUGAUGUUCUGUGCAGUGUGGAUCACCUUUAUCCCAGCGUAUGUCAGCUCUCCUGGGAAAUUUACUGUGGCUGUGGAGAUAUUUGCCAUUCUGGCCUCCAGUUUUGGGCUAGUGUUCUGUAUAUUUGCACCAAAGUGUUUCAUCAUAUUGUUUCAGCCAAAGAAGAACACCAAGAAACAUUUAAUUGUGAGAAUGCCAGUUUACUGUUGA